ACCACCUGGUUUCCCUCAAAGCACUUACUUACUUUCACUCUCAGAACGAUACUUUUUGAAGCAAUGGGGAUUUUAGAUGUUUUGCUCCAGUCCUACUCUGGCUCUUUGUUGUUGGCUCUGGCAGUUCUUCUGCUUGUGUAUUUAAUUUCCUCCACCAGCUUUAGUUCUGCAAAACAUGGGAAGGGCCCACCGGGACCGAGACCCCUUCCUGUGAUUGGAAACCUUCUGCAACUUGACCUCAGCAAAACAUACCACACAUUAAUGGAGUUAUCCAAGAAGUAUGGAUCAGUCUUCACUGUCUAUCUUGGGCCCAAAAAAGUGGUGGUCCUGGCAGGAUACAAGUCGGUAAAGGAGGCUCUUGUCCAGUUUGACGAGGAGUUUGGAGAACGAGAUUCCUUGCAAAUUUUACAGGAUUUCAACAAAGGGCAUGGGGUCUUAUGGUCAAAUGGAGAUUCUUGGAGAGAAAUGCGGCGCUUUGCUUUGACAAACCUCAGAGACUUUGGAAUGGGCAAGAAGGCAUGUGAAGACAAAAUUAUUGAGGAGUGUCAGCAUCUCAUUGAGGUUUUUAAGAAAUUCAAAGGGGAACCUUUUGAUACAAUGCAGUCAACAAACUAUGCGGUCUCUAACAUCAUCUGCUCCAUGGUUUAUGGCAGCAGGUUUGAGUACAGUGACCCAGAGUUCACAUCAAUGGUGGAUCGAACAAACCAAAGCAUCCUGCUCAGUGGCUCUCCAUCCUUUCAGCUUUACAACAUGUUUCCACGCCUCUUUAAAUGGUUGACAACAAGGAAGGAGUUUCUGGAAACUGUUGCAGCCAAUAGGAAACAGAACUCUGCCCUCUUCAGUCAGUUGAAGCAGACCCUGAACCCUGAGAUGUGCAGAGGCUUUGUUGAUGCCUUUCUGGUUCGCAAGCAAAAUCUGGAGUCAUUCAGCCCAGUUUCAGUUUUAGGGGCUGUGGUGUUUCUGCUGAUUGGGUAUCACUUUCUUCUCUGUAUGUUGAGCCCUCGGGAACACAGACAGGGUCCACCAGGACCAAAGCCCUUUCCUAUCGUUGGCAACCUGUUGCAGCUGGAUGUUAAGAGACUUGACAAAGCAUUGUUGAAGCUUUCUAAGACAUUUGGAUCUGUGUUCACUGUCUACAUGGGAUUAAGGAAAGUGGUGGUCCUGACAGGUUAUCAGACAAUCAAAGAAGCAUUUGUCAGUUACGCUGACGAGUUUGGAGAACGGGAAGCACCCACGGUGACUAAAGAAGCAAACCUGGAUCACGGUAUUGUAUGGACCAAUGGUGACUCUUGGAAAGAAAUGCGUCGCUUUGCUUUGACAAACCUGAAGGACUUUGGGAUGGGAAAGAAAGUUUGUGAGGAGAAAAUCAUCGAGGAAUGUCAGUUCCUCAUUCAAGAAUUUAAGACGGUUAAAGGUGAAGCCUUUGAUAUGUCCCAACAUAUAAACUGUGCUGUUUGUAAUAUAAUCUGCUCCAUGGUCUACGGGAAAAGAUUUGAAAAUGACGAUCCAGAGUUUAAGACAAUAGUGAAUCGAACAAACCAAGGUGUUCAGCUGUUGGGCACACCAGCAAUACAGCUGUACAAUUUGUUCCCAAGGAUUGGCAAACUGGUGUUCUCUGCCAGGAAGCAAUUCAGCGAUAUAUUUGAAGCCAAUAAACAACAUCAUCUGAUGCUGCUGAACCGCUUGAAACAGACCUUCAGUCCACAGAUGUGCAGAGGAGUUGCAGAUGUCUUCCUCCUCCGUCAACAGCAACACAAGGAAUCUGGGAUCACUGACAGUCACUACCACAAUGAUAAUCUACUGAUGACGGUGAUGAACCUGUUCACUGCUGGAACUGAAACAACAUCAACUACACUGAGAUGGGCGCUCCUGUUUAUGGCCAAAUAUUCAAAAAUACAAGACCAGGUCCAGGCGGAGCUGAGGAGCGUGAUUGGAGGUCGUCAGGUGCAGGUUGAAGACAGACAGAACCUGCCUUUUACAGACGCUGUCAUCCACGAGACACAGAGAGUAGCCAACAUUGCUCCUUUCGCAAUUUCUCACAGAACUAGCCAAGAUGUCACCUUUCAAGGUCAUUUUAUUGAGAAGGGAACCCCUGUAAUUCCUGUCUUAACAUCUGUCCUGCAUGAUGAAAGCGAAUGGGAGAAGCCAAACAUCUUUUAUCCUGGUCACUUCCUCAGCAGCAAUGGGAGGUUCCUCAAGCGUGAUGCUUUCAUGCCGUUUUCAGCAGGUCGAAGGAUGUGUCCUGGAGAGAGUCUGGCCAGAAUGGAGCUCUUCAUCUUCUUCACCACCCUCCUGCAGCACUUUCGAUUUACUCCUCCACCUGGAGUUACAGAGGAGGAACUGGAUCUUUCUCCACAAGUUGGCGGUACUCUUAGCCCUCAACCCCAUAAACUGUGUGCUAUUCCUUUAAUGUGAAGAGGGGCCCCAAAAUUCACAACUUUAAACUUAACAGGAAUCACUAAAAUAGAUGUUUGAAGGCUGCUAGUAACAAUCCAACCUACUGAAUAAAACUAAUAACUGAAGUUCUAUUUUAAUGUGAAAUCUUUCAUUUUUCCCCACAAAGAUCAAGCAGCAACCAUAUCUAUUACUAUCUAUACUGUUCUCUGUAAAAAAAUAAAAAUAAAAAAAAAUAAAAUUGGCUAGGCUUCUUGCUAAGAAACCUUCAGAUAACAUUUUGCUUUAUUUGAAAUUAAUUUCUGGAUGAUUACUCAAAUUAGCAAAGUUCUGAUGUUACCAGUGUAGCAUUUGUUAGAGCUGUAUCAAAAUGUACCACAGUGUAUUUUAAAAGCAUAUCAUCCUCAUGUAUUCCACCAUAAAUUAAAAAUGUUUUUUAAUCUGA